AUGUUCGCGUCGAAACUGGGAGAGCUGGGAAUGUUUGCUCCGAGUCCAGAUUCCGGGAUACUCAAUGCAUUCCCAUUGUCUGUAAAACGUAAACUCAUCUUGGAAAUUACGCAGUGUUUGCUACCUCGUAGCUCACCACUUGGUGAUCCAGGUGCCAUUUUAACCUCUGCUACCCAUGUUAAUUGGAUGAUGGAGGUCAUUGGUCAGGGAUUUUCGCUACCUAUCGAAGAUGUGAUUGUAAUACAGGAUGCCAUCAAUGUGUAUCACUCGUGGCUUCUUGAAAAAUCAACACGACCUGCUAUUAUCCAACAAUGUGGUGACAGCAGCGAUCUUGCUCAAGGAUUCUUUCAGACAAUAUUCAAACACUACUCGCUCAUGUUUGUGCCAAGAGUUGGAAACAGUGUUCAAUCAAUCAAUUUGCAGCAAUCAAUAUCCACCAAUUCCAAAAUAUCAGAUUUAGAAGAGUGUGCUGAUAACACCGCAGCGCAUAUUGAGCUCUGCAGAAAGGUGUUGUCUAUUUUAUUGGCAGCAUCAAAAACAUUGGCAAAUACAUUUACAACAGAAACAUGGGUAGUUCUUUUCAAGGUAUUGUUGGGAAUCAGCGACAUUAUUCUAACGCAGCCCAUCAGUACUCGAACACCGAUCGGCGUUCUUUCAACACCCAGCACACCAGGAAAUUUAAAGUCGUCCAAAUCCGUCGCUACACCUUUGUUGGAUGAUAUUGAACCGUAUUGCAGCGGACCAGUGAUGGCAGACAGAAUUUGCGAACCCAUGAUCAAAACAUUGCUGGAAAUAUGGCUUAGGUCAGGAAUUUUAUCAGUAGAAAUGUGGGAUCGUCUCAAAAAGCACUUUGUGACAUGGACACAUCGAAUAGAAGUGAUUCAUCAUUGGAGCGCAGUUAUUUAUGGACUCACACAAAAUGUUGUAAAGUAUAUAUUUGACGAGUCUAAACUGCAGUCCACCGUCACGAUUGCGUUGCAUAAUGGAGGAAACAUCUCCAUUGAUUUCACAAGUGAUUUCCUGGUAUAUUCCUGGCACCGUACAAUCUACAUGAUUGGAAAUACAUGCGCACUGAGCUGCCGAAACUUUGUUGUCGCCAUCACGGGUCUUUCAAAAUCAAUAUCAUUGUUGUAUUCUAUAGAUGCUGGAUCAAAUGGCAUGGUUGAUGGAAACACGAUCUUGAACAUGUUUGGCGAGUGGCUUUUUCAAGCAGCCAUGAUGCACGAAGUCGGAUUUGAAGAAGGACGGGCUGAAGCGCUUGGAACACUAUGUCGUAUAUUUUCAAA